GACGUAAAUGGUCAACAAAUAUUUCAGUUACUUACCCGAUGAAAUUUUUAUUUUCAUUAUAAAUUACACAUAAACAGUAAAAUUAUUUGAUAAUAUCUUAAUCUGAUAAUGUGUGAUAAAGAAAUUAGAUGACAGAGAAACUUUUGACAUUUGGUUCCCUUUGAAGAUGCCCUCUGUUUACAAAUAUGAAACUACCAAACAAUAUCGUCUGCUGCGUUCAGUUGUGUCGUUCUUCAAACCGAGCCGUGUUCUACUGGAGUUGCUGACUGCAUGUUUAUGCAAACUUGUUUUUUAUCGUCAGAAUUGCAUAAAAAUCACUGAAGAAGUUACUUGGAAAGACCAGCGGUGCAGGAACACCUUAAAUUACCUAUUGUAAUGUAUAGAUUUGGUGCAUCGUGUAUUAUAACCAGAAGAGCUUUUGGGGAAGGUAUUCGAUUAUGUUCAGGAAAUGCAGCAGUCAAACAUGGUUCCCAUAUAACAAAAAUUCCCCUAAGUGAGCCGGUGCAAUGGCUGCCAAGACCAGUUUAUGCGUCCGUAUCAAAGGCUCCAAAUGAAACGCAAGUAACAACAUUAGACAAUGGGCUGCGUGUUGCUUCCGAGCCUAAAUUCGGGAAUUUUUGCACUGUUGGUGUUGUCAUCGAUAGUGGCAGUCGAUAUGAAGUCGCAUACCCUAGUGGAAUCUCACAUUUUCUUGAAAAGUUAGCCUUUGGGAGAACAGAAAAUAUGACACGUGAUGAUAUAAUGGGCAAAUUUGAGAAACUGGGUGGAAUUUGUGAUUGCCAGUCUUCCAGAGAUACUCUUAUUUAUGCAGCAUCAGUAGAGUCAACUGGCAUGACGGAUGCAGUGGAAGUGCUUUCGGAAGUAAUUUUGCGGCCCAGAUUAACUGAAGACGAAAUUACAGAUGCUCGAAUGGCAGUGACCUUUGACCUCGAAGAUCUUCAGUUACGACCUGAAAAAGAUACUUUAUUGAUGGAAAUGAUACAUGCAACUGCAUACAGAGACAAUACACUCGGCCUGCCAAAAAUUUGCCCUCCAGAAAAUGUACUGAAGAUUGAUCAGUCAGUACUCUUCACAUAUUUGAAACAACACCACACUCCAAGCCGCAUGGUUUUAGCUGGUGUUGGUGUGCACCAUGAUGAGCUUGUAGAUGCAGCUCAGAGAUAUUUUGUGGAGACUCCUGCUAUUUGGGAAAAGUUGCCGAAGCUUGCCAGUAGUCGAAGCCUUGAGAUUGAUCACUCAGUUUCACAGUAUACAGGAGGAAUCAUUAAGGAAGAGGCAGACCUUUCAGAUGUGUCAUUAGGACCAAAUCCAUUACCUGAAUUAGCACAUUUAGUAAUUGGCUUGGAAUCAGUUGGACAUCAACACCAUGAUUUUGUUACCUGUUGUGUUUUGAAUAUGAUGAUGGGAGGUGGUGGCAGUUUUAGUGCUGGUGGACCUGGCAAAGGAAUGUAUACCAGACUUUAUACCAAUGUUCUUAAUAGGUACCAUUGGAUGCACAAUGCCACUGCUUACAACCAUGCGUAUAGUGAUAGUGGGUUGUUCUGUAUCCAUGCUUCAGCACACCCAUCACAUCUCGGAGAAUUAACUCAAGUAUUAACAAGAGAACUAACAGCAAUGGCUGGACAUGUUGGCAAAGAGGAGUUAGAGCGUGCUAAAGUUCAACUCCAGUCAAUGCUUCUCAUGAAUCUGGAGAGUAGACCUGUUGUGUUUGAAGAUAUUGCACGACAGGUUUUAGCCACUGGAAAGCGACUUCAGCCAGAACACUUCAUGGAUCUCAUAGGAAAAGUAUCUGCAGAUGACAUUAUAAGAGCUGCAGGGCAGAUGCUGCGAAGUAAACCAUCUGUAUCGGCAUUGGGUACUUUGAAUAGGCUACCCACACUUUCAGAUAUUGAGGGAGCUCUGUUAAACCGAAAUGGACAGUUACCGUCUAGAAGGAGAUUUAUGUUAUUCCGAUAGUACUUUUAAGUUAAUUAGCAAAGGAAUUUCUACAAUUUUGUAUUAAAAUUUUUGCAGUAUGCAAUUUGUACAUACAUACUAUUUUGUUAAUAUUUGUUAUUGGAUAAAAAUUUGUAUUUCAGAGUCACUUCAUAUCUUUUUACAUAUUUGUAUUAAUCGGUGUAUUGUUCUUCAUUUUGGAUAGCAUUAUUCAUAAAAUGUAAUUGGACUAAUUGUACUUUGAGGUUAGAAUUAGAUAUCCUUGAAAUUGUGUUUUUACUAAGAUUUGCAGGUUGACUGGUAUCUUCUCUUUAUUAACAGCUGAAUUUUGUAAUGAACUGGAAAUUAAAGUUAGUGCAACAGAAAAAAAUGUGUUGUGUGGAAUUAUUCUCUUGUAUUUCUUGUAAUGUCAAUUAGUAUUUUUCUUUUGAUAACCCUGAUGGAAUAAUGACUAAUAUGUUACUUGUGGAAUGUUAAUGAUGUACUUUUGAGACAGUAAUAAGUGACUUUGGUCCUUGUUUUGUUGGGGAGAAUUUGGAGAAAUUUUAAUUCAUUUCACUGGAAAGCAAAAGGUAAUUUGUUGUAUAACUCAGUAUUUUAUUAUAAUCUUCCUAUCAAAUUUAGAACAAAAAUUGGACAGAAAUAAAUGUGAAUAAUUUAGAAAAGAUUUUAUUGAUGAUGACAUAGCAAAUAUGUAGAAAUGAUAUUGUUUCCAAAUAAACUGUCUUUUUUUAA